AUGACCAACGACAAUAUAAACGAGUCAACCAUAUGCCCAAGCUCCAUAGUAACAAUGUGGGUGCUUCUUGAAGGGAAGGCGAGUGCCGUAGGAGUCGACGUUGAUCAGAAAAAUUAUAUAACCCGUAGUUUCAACUUAGACCGUCUUAAGCCUAUUCUUCGUGAAACGUUCGAAGAUCUUAAGAAUGUUAAGCCAGAAGAUACCGAAUUUUUUACCUUUAAUGACCGCAUAAAUCCACUUCCACCAGAUAUCACCCUAAAUUCCCUAUCUGAGAGUACAACUGCCACUGCCCCACUUAAUAAUAGCAAACUGCAAAUAGAAAACGAACUUCAGUUCAAUGAAGUAAUAGCGGACAUUACACCGAAUGAAAAAGGUAAACGUGAAGUCAGCAUUUCAAUCCAAGUAACAGGUAAUGCCAAUACUUUGAAUAUUGUUAGGGUUCAGCUUGUAUACAUAUUUACUCGUUUUUCAUUUAUAGGAAGGAAGGCAUACGGCGAUUGGGAAAUUGGCGAGGCCCUAAAUGAGUUCUUGCAUCAAAGGGGUUCAACUAUGUUUGAUAUUCGAUCUUUUAGCAUGGAUGAUCUUCCGAGACCUAACCCUCCAAUCCCUAAAGAGGCUAUUGCUCAACUUAUUGCUGAACUUAAAAAAAGGAAGUGUGCAUUUGGUAUUGUCAAUCGAAAUGAAUCAACUUGUCGAGAGUUUACCUCGCCUUUAAUGUCCACAGCAGUCACCCAUAUCCAAGAAGAAGCAAAAGGGUUAUUACUUAAAGCUGAAGAGUGGAUUGAUGGGACAAAAGCCUAUGGGCCUAUUGAUUACUCGAUUUCUAUUGAAGAAGUGCUUGUUUUAGUCCAAGAAGUUAAGAAAGAUGACUUUGAAAAAGGAACUGCACAAAAUAUCGCACAGAUUCAUAGUGCCAUAGAGGUAGACCCGGGAGAUGAAGAAGUUCCUGUUGUAAUGUAUGGAAUCGUUACAAAUGCAUUGCAAUGGUAUUUCCUUCGUUGGGCAGGUUCCUCAGAUGAUCCAACAGUUGAAUUAUCCGGACCACAUAUUUGCGAAUUCGAUAGUAACAAUAUGGAACAAUAUCAAGUCCGAGGACAUGACGAUGACUCAAAAUGUAUCCGUAUUAAGAGACGUCGUACUAGCUAG